UUUAAUCACCACCCUAAUUACAUACGCUUUUGAUGGUCCUCUAAUUCAGCUCGGUUUGAAUUAUCAGACACUAAUAACAGUUGAUGUGUACACUACCACCUAAGAUACGUUAUUAAGCACCUAAAGACCAUUGGCGAUGGAGGUACCUAGGUAGCUGCUGUAUCGCGAUAGGGUGAAGCCACAGUGGAUCAUUCCAGGAACGAACCCCUGAUUCUAGGGAUUACAGGUACUUGCUUCAAGUUAUCAUCCAAUUUCAUCAUCAUAGGAACUCCCACUCGGCCUUCAUCGAAACAUUCCACAAGCUCAUCUUGUGAUGGAACUUGGAUGGAUUGGGGUCGCAUUCUCCUCCAAAGGAAGAAUAAUAGCUUGAUUCUAGUAGACCAUCUCGCCGCCUUCCGCAACAUCCAAGCUCAUCGCCCAAGUCGAUCGAUAUACCGGUAGAGUAUCAAACGACGAUACGCCGUUGCACACCUCCAGUCUCCAGAAUCAUGUCUCGAUGGCUUGGGCAACCCUUAGUCAAGGGGAGCUCAGAGGCCUCUCGAAUGGCAUUCUUAACAUUGAGUACCAUCGGCAUCACGUUUGUAUGGGGCGUUGAACAGACGUACUGCACCCCGUAUCUUCUUUCUCUCGGGUUAACGAAGAGCAAAACUUCCCUCGUGUGGAUCGCCGGCCCAUUGUCGGGACUUGUCGUGCAGCCUAUCGUUGGUACCAUCGCAGACAGAUCGACUUCGAGAUGGGGACGACGGCGGCCCUUUAUUCUGACGGGAGCCAUUAUAUCAGCGUUGUUUCUACUGCUUUUGGGUUUUACAGAGGACAUUAUGGGGUUUUUCGUUGAAGACAAGAAGUCAGUACAGCACAUGACCGUUUCCGCGGCUGUGCUAGCUAUAUACGCGGUCGAUUUCUCUAUUAAUGCAGUGAUGAGCGCUGCAAGGAGUUUAGUCGUUGACACUCUCCCUAUCGAAAAGCAACAGACUGGAUCCGCUUGGGGAAGCAGGAUGUCAGCAAUAGGACAUGGGAUGGCAUUUGCAACUGGGGCGAUUGACCUUCCGUCGUUACUUGGAAAAUCACUCGGUGAGACACAAUUCAAACAACUGACAGUUCUUGCUGCGCUUGGCCUAGUCGGUACAUGUGGUGUGACAUGUUGGGCUGUGACAGAAAGAGUACUGCUCUCUCCACCAAAAUCAAAUAAGCAGGAUGGGCUCUAUCAGGUCGCUAGUCAUAUCUGGUCGACGAUUGUGCAUCUGCCUCCACGCAUUAGAGCAAUUUGUAUGGCGCAAUUCUGGGCAUGGAUAGGAUGGUUUCCAUUCCUAUUUUAUAGUACCACGUGGAUUGGCGAGACGUAUUUUCGCUAUGAUGCCCCCCAUGACGCGAAACAGUCUAAAGAUGCAUUGGGAGAGGUUGGCCGGGCCGGUAGCCAGGCAUUCAUUAUCUAUUCCGUCAUCACAUUUUUUGGCUCUUGGUUUCUCCCUAUCGUCAUUAGGUCACCUGACGACCACAGUUACACUCAACGACCGCCGCAGAGUCUCAGAGGCAUCGUUGAAAAGCUCAAUAAAUACAAGCCUGAUCUCUUGACAGCCUGGAUCUGUGCCCACGCGACAUUUGCAGCCGCAAUGCUGUUUGCGCCCUUCGCGAGAAGCUUCAAGUUUGCCGCCACUCUUGUUUGUAUAUGUGGACUCCCUUGGAAUAUUGCAUCGUGGGCGCCACAUGCUUUUUUGGGCAUGGAAGUGAACAGACUGAGUAGCGGAGAGGGCGCAGCUUCUCGGCGUUUAUCUAAUGCUUCAAUGGAAAUGGCAGAUAUGAACGGCAAUGUGUCCCACGUGUCUCUUUUACACGACGAUUCGCAUACAACAAAAUCAAGCUCCGCGGGAGAACCGUCUGGUGUCUAUUUCGGUAUCCUCAACAUCUAUACUACGAUCCCACAGUUCAUAGGGACGAUCAUAUCAACAAUUGUGUUUGGUAUACUGGAGCCUGGCAAGAGUCCCGAACUUGCCCAUGGCGCACACCCCGAUGAGCAUCACAAUACUGAUGGGCCAAAUGGAGUGGCCGUUUGUCUCUUUAUUGGCGCAUUAAGUGCCAUUGCUGCCAUAUUUGCAACAAGAAAAUUAAAGUUUAUGUAAUCCCGAUUUCAUUUUGUAAUGGCGUUCGGCAUGCUUGUUGGACCAGAUUAGGUGUUCUAAUCAUGUGGGAACAACCAACUGUGGAAUGAGUAGUAGACACUUGGUGUGUAGGUACUAUAUAAUAGAGGCUUGAUAGAUUAGAGGUUCGCGUGCAUGAGUUCGGCGCUACAAAGGGAACCCAUCUUACGGUCAAGAUAAUUGCUCAUCUAACCAAAGUGAUGGCUACCUUAGUUGCUUGUCUCUAACAACCUACUGUAGGUAUAUG